AUGGCCGCUGUUGCUGCAUUACCCAAAGAGACCUGUUCUCUGGAGAAGCAGUUAACAUGCUCCAUCUGCUUGGACUUGUUUGAGGAUCCCGUCACUACAGCUUGUGGACACUCCUUCUGCAAGAAUUGCCUGAACAUCAACUGUAAGUUCAAUGACACAGUGUGCCCCCUGUGCAAGAAUCCUCUGAGCAACACCGCAGCUGUGAACAUCGUCCUGAGAGACAUCGCAGAACAGCGGAAGUUGGAAAAGUCUGAGAAGAAAAACAAAAGCGUCUUCACCGGAGAGGACGGCGAAGUGGCCUGCGACAUCUGCACAGAGAAAAAGCUCCCGGCCGAGAAGUCCUGCCUGGUGUGUCUGGCCUCGUACUGUCCGACCCACCUGGAGAAUCACUAUUCGACCGAAAGGCUGAAGGGUCACAAGUUGGUGGCACCGGUGAAGAACCUGGACGACAGGGCCUGUCUGAAGCAUGGGCGCCCCCUGGAGCUGUACAGCAAGAAGCAGCAGAGAUGCAUCUGCGUCCGCUGUCUGGAAGAGAGUCCAGAGGAGGUCGUCUCCAAUGAGGACGAAUGGGGGAAGAAGAAGGUUGAACUUGAAAACGCCAGAACAGAGUUAGAGGCAAAAAUUAAGAGGAGAGAAACACAACUGGACGAGCUCAAUAAAUCUGUGAGGAGCUGCAAGGACCUGCUGGAGAAUGAGUGGUGGGACAUUGAGGCCGUGUUCAACGCCGUGCUCGCCAUCGUGGAGGAUGCCCAAGCGAGAGCUCUUCAGCCGCUGAAGGACCGGAGGCAGGUCCUGGAGAAGGAGGCAGAAAACCUCAAAAAGGAUUUAGAAGCGGAGAUCAGCCGCUUCAAGACGACCAUCUCCGAGCUGGAUGAUAUCAGUACACAUGAGGAUCACAUCCAUUUCCUGCAGAACUACCCGUCUCUUCAGGACCUGGAGGACAUCAAGGACUGGGCCGAGGUUCAGUUGGACACGUCACUGUGUUUUGGGACGAUGAGAAAAACCACAACACGUAUGACAGAAAAAGUCCAACAGGAGCUGGAGAAGCUGACGUCCACCGAACUCAAGAGGAUUCCAAAGUUCACAGUGGACGUGAAGCUGGAUCCAACCACCGCGCACCAACGCCUCGUUCUCUCUGAUGACGGAAAGGAAGUGAAAGACGGGGAGGAGGAUCGGGAGGUCGAUGAAUCACCGGAGAGGUUCGAUGUGUUCGGCAGCGUCCUGGGGCUCAACAGCUUCACCUCCGGGAAAUCAUACUGGGAGGUGAAGGUCGGCGACAAGGCCGGGUGGGACCUGGGCGUGGCCAGAAGUGAUGCAGACCGCAAGGGGAAGCUCUCCCUGAAACCAGACGACGGCUACUGGGUGACCGUGCAUUACGAGAACGACAAGUACGCGGCUCUGACCGCGCCGCCGCUCAGUCUCUCGCUGCAAGACAAACCGGAGAAGGUGGGGGUGUUCGUGGACUACGAGGAAGGCCUCGUGUCUUUCUACAACGUGGGGGCUCAGUCUCACGUUUACUCUUUCACCGGGUGUUCGUUCGGCGGAGAGCUUCUCCCGUAUUUCAGUCCACACCGAAAGCAAGACGGUGAAAACGGUGAUCCGCUGAUUAUUUCAGCUAUCCUGGACACGUUCGACAUGAGCCUCCAGGUUUGUGGGUGUGGUUGGUCCAAAGUGACGACCUAUCAGGGCCUGAGAACCCACCAGGGGAAGAUGGGAUGCACGGUGAAGGGAAUGAGGAUCCCGGAGAGCAAAGGAUUCAGGGCAGACAGUUACUUUCCUCAAAUCACCUUCAUGGGACCUCGGAUCCAACUGAAGGAGCCUGUGAUGGACGUCUUCACCUCCUCUCUGACGUCUGACGACUCGGACUUGAGCCUCCAGGUUUGUGGGUGUGGUUGGUCCAAAGCGACGACCUAUCAGGGCCUGAGAACCCACCAGAGGAAGAUGGGAUGCACAGCGGAGGCCAGAGGUCUGCAGACAGAGUAUUAUCAGAGGAACGGAGGACCAGGUUACAGCACUCCAGUCAAGACGGAGAAUGUGUCUCCAAAGCUCUACAACCAAAUGACCCCUGAUCUGACAGCAGCCACUGAGGCCGUGAGAGAGAUGAUGAAAUCAAUGGUUGUGAAUCAGCAACAGUCUGCACAGACGGGCUCAAACAUGGACAAAGCUCAUCGAGCGUUAGAGUUCAGCUCCGGUGCACAGCCUCUCUUCGGGCGAUCGCCGCAGACGCCCACCGGCCACAUUUAUCCUGCAGCGGCCGACGUCACCGCGAACGAGCCAAACGAGCCACUUUUCCAGACUCCCGUGCAUCAUCGUCUUCAAACCGUCCCCAACACGGACAAAGCUCGUCGAGCGCUUGAUUUCUCCACCGGCGCAGAGCAGGUGCAGGCACAGACACUCGACCCGUUCAGACUUCACGCUGGGGAGCAACUCCAUCCUGUGGAUCAGGUCACGGAGCAAGUGUUCCGGGCGCCUCCGACGACCACAGUCAGUCCAAGAGAGGACGAGGAGGAGAAAGAGAGGGAGGCUGAAAAACUGCGCGUAAAGAAAAAGCAAGACAAUACGAGGGCGGAGCUGCAGCAGAAAAUUAAAAUCAGGGAACUCAAGAUGGCGGAAGUGAGAUUAUCUGUGAAAGGCUUCAAGGUUAGCUUGGACAGCGAGUGGCUGGAGAUCCACAACGUCUUCUCCGAGGUGAUGAAAGUCGUGGAGGACGCUCUACAAAAAGCUCUGCGUCCCCUGGAGGAGAGGAGACGAAACAUAAAGAGAGAAGCAAAACAUCUGCUUCAGAGGCUGGACGGAGAAAUUGACAAACUCAAGGCGACCAUCGCUGAGUUGGAUGGAAACCCGGACUUGAAGAUCUCUCUGGAUGAACCCACGUUUUGGAACAAUACCAGUGUUGAUACUUCGUUCUCCUUCGGUACCUUCAGAAGUACAACGUCAGCCAUGAUGGAGCAAAUUCAGCUGCAAAUAGAAAAACUCUCCUCUGUCGAACUCAAGAGAAUUCCCACAUUUGCAGUGGAUGUGAAGCUGGACCCAGCUACAGCGCAUCACUCCCUCUCUCUCUCCAACGAUGGGAAGAAGGUGCGAGACGGAGGAAAGAACCAGACAGUUCCCGACGCUCCGCAGAGGUUUGAUAUGUUCGGCAGCAUCCUGGGGCUCAACAGCUUGACCUCCGGCAGGUCGUACUGGGAGGUGGAGGUCGGCCGCAAGACCGGUUGGGACCUGGGCGUGGCCAGAGGGGACGCAAACCGCAAGGGGAUGCUCUCGCUGAGCCCCGACAACGGCUACUGGGCGACUGUGCAUUACGAGGACAAAGGUUACGCAGCCCUGACCGCUCCACCCGUCAGCCUGUCGCUGAGUGAGAAGCCUCAGAAGGUGGGGGUGUUCGUGGAUUACGAGGAAGGCCUCGUGUCCUUCUACGACACGAAGGCUCGGUCUCACAUUUACUCGUUCACCGACUGUUCGUUCGGCGGCGAGAUCUUCCCGUAUUUUAGUCCACAUCUCGAACAAAAUGGUCAAAACUCAGCUCCUCUGAUCAUCUCGUCUGUAGAAAGGCCGUAAUUGAAAUGUGUGUCGGUUACAAUGAUCAGAGACACAAAUGAAGAUGGACAACACGUCUUUACUUCCUCCUGUUGUACAAAUAUGCUUCAUAUCGUUUAAACAAUAUAUCGAUUUUGGAAGUUUUGAUUGUCUUUCAGUGUAAACUCUAUAUUUCAUGAAUCAUGUUACAUGAAGAGGGUUUAAAUGACC